AUGCGUUUCUCCGCUGCUACCAUCGCCCUCUUCGCCGGCCUUGCCGUUGCUGGUGACAUCCAGACCGUCUACUCGACCGAGGAUGUUACCAUCACCUCGUGCGCUCCCACUGUGACCGACUGCCCUGGCAACACCGCUCAGACUUCGGCCCCUGCUGAGCCCACUGGUACCUCUCCCGUCGAGUCCAGCGUUCCGGUUGCCCCUGAGGCCCCCAGCAGCAGCAGCAGCGUCGCUGUGCCCCCUGCUCAGCCUACCGCCAGCUCUCCGGUUGUUCCUCAGCAGCCCCAGCAGCCCGAGCAGCCCUCUGGAAGCAUCUCCGUCAUCCCCGUGACCACCUGCAUCCCCACCGUCACCUACUCUACCAUCUCCGUCACCCCCACCGUUGCUCCCACCACCUCUAAGCCUGUCAUCCCUGGCAACCCCACUGGCGUCGCCCCCACUGGCAGUGCCUCCGGUACCGCCUCGGCUUCUGCCACUCCUUCUCCCCCCACCUUCACUGGUGCUGCCAACGCUGUCUCCAACUCUUUCGGCUUCGCUGGUGCCGCCGCCGUCGCCGCUAUCUUCCUGGCAUAG